AUGUCUUCCAACCGUUUCCAUGCCACUAACCAUGUCUUUCAGACUGAGGCGCUGGAAGAAGUGCUUACACAGACGGUGAGGCUGGCCGAACAAGCCACGGCCUCAUCCACCAAAAUCAGCGACUUUCUGUCAAAUCUCUACUCCAAGGGGGUCAACAUCAACACUUUUCUCUGCCGAUCCAGCCUCUUCGCCCGCGCCCGACCUCACCAGUGGCCCGCUGCGCCCACAGAAGCGUUGCGUCAGCUCUCUGCUAAACUCCACGUUCUGGCAGGCCUGAACCUAGACUCGCCCUGGCCAGCUUCCGAUGGACUUUCCUGUCCGCACGUCGCGGUAGCCGGGCUUCGAGGCCCAUUCGACGAUAGCUACGAUGACGACGAGUAUGAAGAUCCGGACAUCGACGAGACCAACCAAAGCGAAGAAGAGCGCCAUCUUCUCCGAAGCAGUCCGCGUCCCAUCCGAGACGUGCAUCCCUGGGCACGAUCCCGAGUCUACGACCUGCGCCGGUACAACGAGUCGAACAUGUGGGGCCCCUUCACCGAGGAUGGCACUCAACGCGUCGAUUGGGAGAAGGUACAGGCCAUCAUGGUCGUCCUUGGCUUCAACCACAGAAUGUACACCGAACGACGCGGGCUGAGCGGCACCGACUUCCUGGGACUCCCCGGGUCCCCGCCGCGGUCCACUGGCGAGGGAAGCAGGUCAGUCUCGUCGACCAGAUCCAACCUCCUCAAACCCUGGGAGAGCCUCUUCGCCGGCAUCGCGCCCAACAGUUAUGUGUCGUCGCCACUCACGGGGAAAAUCAAGCCCGCUCCCAAUCCGAGCCUUGACGCCUUGGACCCCUAUGGUGUGACGGGCACUUGGAUGCGCAUCGUCUGUUUCCUCGACUACAACGACCUCUACCGCUUCAAUUUCGAAAGAAACGCCGACAUUCCAGCGGACCAGGAACGGGAUCCCAUCACGACGAGAGAGGCGUUUCGCUUGAUCAAACUGCAGCUGCACGUCACGAGGAUCGAGGAGCAAGAGGAAAAGGGAGAAGACGGGCGCGAUUUGAUGCCGGCGGUCUACUUCGCGGGCACCAGUCGAAGUACCUUUAUGGCCUGGGAUCCCAAUGCAAAUUCCAGUAUCAGAGGAUCCGUCCGCGAGACCCGCACGGGCGCGAUCCGCUGGACCUCCUUCUCCAUCUUCCACGGCGAGGAACGCUGGCGCUCCGAGGGCGUGCAGGUCGGCGGCCUCCGCUCCGCCCGCGGCAUCCUGGGCAACUGGUUCGACAAGGACUACGACGUGCACGGCCCCGCGGGUCCCACGGCGUUCUGGAAGGUGUCGGACGACAUCAUCGAGGAGAAGAGGACGCUGCCGCAGAUGCUGCAGAUUUUCAUGGCCGAGUAG